AUGGACACUGAAGAUACUCGUGUUGUUCAAUGGUUGGAAGAAAAUCAAGAAGAUUCAUACCGUUUAGAAGUGAGAGGAGAUGGAAAGCUUGCGAGUAUUUUCAUGGUGCCAAAGACAAUGAAAGGAAAUGAUGUCAUCUACACUCCUCGGGUAAUAUCGAUGGGUCUUUAUCACUUUCUCACACCUCACCUUGCUGAAAUGGAAUCCGAGAAAUCUAAAAUCAUUGCACGGGCAGUUAUGAAUAAGCUUCCUCCUAAUUUCUUUACACCACUCCAAAUGAUUCGACAAGGCGGCGGCCUUUCACAUUUGCAGGAGGACAAUUUCUUCGGAGGGGUGAUCCAUGGCGCUAGGGACUACUAUGGGGACGCAAAGUUUCUCAAAAAACUGAACGAGGAGACUUUCGCCAUGAUGCUGUUUAGGGAUUCUUCCUUCCUCCUUGUUUUCCUCGCACACUAUGUAGCCAAUAAGAAUGGCCGACCUUAUCAACAACAAUCGCAUUCACAUGGCGGCAGCCCCUUCCACGGUCUAAAGUCAGGUAAAGGUGUGUAUUUAGAUGUCAUCAAAUUGGAAAAUCAAAUCCCACUUUCAGCCUUAAAGUCACUCCAUGAUUUUAUUGGUGAUCCAAAUCAAAGAUUUGAGGAUUUUGUUGCUCAAAUAUGUUCUUAUUAUUCUCCAUUCUGGAUCCAACCCAGUGAAGAUUCAGAUUUAGUUAGCAAAUUUCAUCUACUGCAUUGCCUCCAUGCCACAGUUUAUAGCAAGUCCCGUAAGGCCGUUGGCAAACGCCUUACUAAUGGCUGGUUUCCUUUUACAUGGCUUAAAAACCAUAGUCUCUGUCUCAGAAGAAAUAGUAGUUAUAGAAAUAGUAAGAGGGUUUACAAAAAGAAACAGGAUCCCAGUCGCCUGUUUGGAUCUAAUGUUCUUCCCUCUACUUUAAGAUUAAGCAAAGCCGGAGUAAAAUUCAGGCAUUACGAGGGAGGCAUUGAGCAGAUAAGGUUUGACAAGGCCCGGUCUACUUUAUAUCUUCCUGUGUUGAAGAUUGGUAUUAUGACAGAGACGAUCAUUAGAAACUUGAUAGUCUUUGAGUUGUGCUCAUCAGAGAGUGAAGAAAAUGCUGUUACUAGUUUUGUUCGUUUGUUGGAGGAGCUGACGGUAGACGCUAAAGACGCUGAGUUGUUGAGAAGAAAUGGAAUCCUUGUCAACUGGGUUGGGGGCGAUGAUAAGAUGGUGGAGAUUGUGAAGAGCUUGAGCAGCUCAACAUGGAAGCCAUACUUCAAACCUGUUAACGAUGCCAGAAGCAGCCUCAAGACUUAUUACUCAACAAGGACCUGGAAAAUCCUGUGGAGUGAAUUUCUGGACACUUCUUGCUCAAAACCAUGGGUUUUGAUAUCCGCUGUCGCAGCCGCUGUUUUGCUUGUUAUGACUGCUCUGCAGAUUUUAUGUUUGUUCUACACAUGCAAUAAAAACGCCUAG